AGAACAGCAAUGAGGCUUAAAACUGUUGGGAAUGCACUACUCGGCACUUGCUUUCGUUGUCGGAGCAGUGAGUUUUUGAGGCUAAAAUGCUGACGGAAAAAAAUCAAACAGUGAUAAUUAUCGGUUCUGCAAUUCCUGAAUGAAGAAAGGAAUGAAGAUAGUGACAUACAAUGUGAACGGCUUAAGGCCACGCAUACAACAAUACGGUUCACUUCCGAAACUUCUAGAUUCACUCGACGCUGAUAUCAUCUGCUUUCAGGAAACUAAAUUGUCCAAACAUGAUUUACGAGCCGAUUUGGUUCGUGCUGAGGGUUACGAGUCUUUCUUCUCUUGCACUCGUACUUCUGAUCGUGGCCGCUCCGCUGGCUAUUCCGGUGUUGCAACAUUUUGCCGUGUAAAAUCUGCAUUCUUGAGCAAUGAGGUAGCUCUGCCAAUUGCUGCAGAAGAGGGCUUCACUGNUUAUUCAAUAUAUAUGGGCCCAGAGCUGUUCAGGAUGACUCUGAGAGAAUCCAAUUUAAGCUGA